AUGGCGCCAUUUCAAAUGGUGCUACCCAGUUGGUCUUCUGUCAGAGGUUUAACACUGUCUCAAAUCGGUGUUAUUCUUCGCGACUCCCAUGGAAUUGCUCAAGUCAAGAAUUUAACCGGAAACAAGAUUUUGCGGAUAUUGAAGACUCAUGGACUUGCUCCUGAAAUUCCUGAAGAUUUGUAUCAUUUGAUUAAGAAGGCGGUAUCGAUUAGGAAGCAUUUGGAGAGUAGGAAGCAUUUGGAGAGGAAUAGGAAGGAUAAGGACUCUAAAUUUAGGUUGAUUUUGGUUGAGAGUAGGAUUCAUCGUCUUGCUGGUUAUUAUAAGAAGACAAAGAAGCUUCCACCAGUUUGGAAAUAUGAAUCUACAACUGCUAGCACUCGUGUUGCUUAA